AUGGUCCAUUGUAACCGUCGUACAGACUGCAAACGGUUUUAUGUGAAGAAAAUUGGUCGUGCACAUAGUUGUCUCGGAGGAGGCAUAGGAGAGAAGGGACAUCCACGGGCAUCUCGUAAGUGGGUUGCAAAUAUUGUGAAAUCCAUACUAAAAGAACAACCCACCUACCGCGCAAUUGAUCUUAAAAAGAAGCUUCUGAGAGAGUUUGGCGUUGAUAUCCCCUAUGGAAGAGCUUGGUGUGGGAAAGAGCUUGCUCAACAGGAGUUAUAUGGGUAUGCAAAACAUUCAUAUGAACAACUUAGAUGGUACAAGGAUAAAGGUUUUGUCGAGGGAUGUAGACCAAUUUUAUUCUUGGAUGGCACCCAUCUUUUUGCUAGGUACAAGGGAACUCUACUUGCUGCUACUGCUUUGAAUGGAGAUGGAGGAAUGUUUCCUGUCGCUCUUUGCAUUUGUGGAACCGAGAAUGAGAGCAAUUGGGAGUGGUUCCUUGAAUGCAUUCGUGACGUAUUGUACAAUUCAGAUGAUCCAUAUACUCCGAAUGAUGAGCUGGUUAUAAUCUCUGAUCGAGACAAAGGACUUCAAAAUUCCGUCAAGAAUUGCUUCCCUUGUUCAUAUCACAGUUAUUGCAUCCGCCAUUUAAUGGCCAAUUAUAAGAACAACUUGUCAAAGAAAAGGUAUGGGUGGUUAUCCUUAAAUCUAGCUGAGUCCUUCAAUGCAUGGAUUAAGGAAGCCCGAUUUUUACCGAGAGCGCAGUCGGUUGAUCACAUCCGGGUGAAGAUGAUGAAAAUGAGCUACGAUAGACAUGAGGAAUCCAACAAAUGGACUACACCACUUGUUCCUAGUGUAGAGGAGCAUCUUGUCCUGAUCAACGAGGGUGCACGUUGUCUUCAUGUUAAUCCUUCUACGUCGAUUCUGUAUGAAGUAUAUGAUUCCCCAUCUGUUAGAGUGAAUUUGGAGUACCGCACGUGUACUUGUCGCCAAUGGCAAGUUCUUGGACUACCUUGCAAGCAUGCGGCCGCUGUAAUCAGGCACAAAGAUCAGCUAUUGUAUCCAUAUAUUUCUGACUAUUUCAGCACAGAGCUGUACCGCAAGUGUUACUCCUUUCCCAUAUAUCCAAUUCCAGAUUAUGAGAAGCCAAUUAUAACGGAUGAGAAUAUGGAGAUUAGACCUCCAUUAACCUCGAUUCGUAGAGGAAGGCCAAAAACAAAGCGGAUCCCUUCUGGACUAAAUCCUUCUAGAAUGUUGAAGUGUAGCCGAUGUAAGGAGUUCGGUCACAAUCGACGAACAUGUAACCAACCAAUAGCUGAUUGA